AUGUCGGUCUUUAACUCUGACUUUUCCAGCUUUAAUGAGAACUCUUCGUCUAUUGACCAAAAGCUUUUAUCAUCUUUCCUCCCGGAAGUGGGAAGCAGUACCAAUGUUCAUCCAAGUACUCAGAACUCCAUUGGCUCUGGCUCUACGACCAACCCCAUUCUUCCACCGACUACCCCAGGCGGGAACAUCGGUCGUCAUACCCCAAGUGGGUCUAUUGCUCAUUUGAACCUCCAUUCAAAGGCGUCAUCAGUUUCAUUCUUGGAUUUUGCCCCAAAAGGUCAUCUGUUUGGAAGACUGUCGCCAUCCAAUGGUUUACAAAAUUUGAGUAUAUCUGGAAAUGGCGCUAAUCCAAAUAUUAAGUCUCAGACUAUUAACGCUUCCAAUAACUCUGCAGGGAUGGCAAUUCUCUCACCUCCAGCUUCUAGAUAUGCCUUUGAUAACGGUAAUGUCAGCAACAUCAACAAUAAUAACAACAACGCUCAAAAUUCCACCGCGGCCAAUCCUUCGUUUUUCAACCCAAAAAGUAAUUACUCAAACUUGGGUAAUGACUGGUCUUUAAACUUGGAUUUCUCGUUGCUGAAAAAUUUCAACUCUUCCAAUCCCGAGUUGAACACCACUAAUAAAUUAUUGAAUGAAAAUGAUACCGGUGAUCAAAUCAAUAAUAGGGAUUCGAACUCUAGUACUGGAGGUUCAGUUAAUUCUUCUACCAAUAACAAUCCUGUGGUUGGUGGUGGCGCCAACUCGUUCGAUAAAAAUUUGGAAUUCCUCAAGAACUGGCUUGACUCGUCAACUUUAGAUGAAAAACAUUCGUUUAUUGAUGAAUUGAUUGAUUACUUUUUGUUUUCUCCUGAUCAUUCAACUGAUCUAAUCAAUUACCUCAAAAUGAAGAUUGAUAGAGUGAGCUUUAAUGACGAUUUAGAUUCGCCAACCACCACGACAAAUGUCAGGAAUCAGCAAAAUGUUGGCCAUCAUAAUCCUCCUCCUCAUCAUCAUCACCAUCUUCCAAAUAAUCAUAGUAUAAAUGGCAACAACAACAACAAUAAUAACAACAACAACAAUAAUAAUAACAACAACAAUAAUAAUAACAACAACAACAACAACGGCCAUGUUGCUAUGCAUUCUCAUCAUCAAUCUGUUAACAAUUUAGAUUCAAUUCUUUUAACUACUACUACUACUCCUUUGGAUUCGACUUUCCAAAAUGUCAAUUCUUCUUCAGAUUACAGGUUAUCUAAGAAUUUUGCCCAUUCUAAAUCUAAUUCAAUUCAUGUUCCGCUCAACGUUAACGCGUCUGAUCUUUCUAAUUCUAAUUCUAAUUCUGUUGCCAACACAAACAAUAGCAACAAUAACGGCAACUUGAAGCAAACAAUUCUCACUAUCUCGACCAAUGGUAAUGCUAAGGACCAACAAUCUCAGGUUUUUUCACCAUUAUUGACAGAAUCAGGUUUUUUGCAAAAUCAAGCAAUGAGAUAUGCUAAUGGUAAUCGUGGUAAUAGCCAUUCCAGAACCCACUCUAAGUCCGCUUCAAUCAGUAAUUUGAACAUAAAUACUGCCUCAAGUAACCUUUCCAAUGGUAACAAUAACUCUACCAAUAAUGGUCAAAAAAGUGAUCUUUUAACCCCUACGUUAUUGUCACCAAUGACUACGUCAUUUAGCACCAAGAGAGGGCCAAACAACUUAUCAAUCAAUACCAAUAUUUCUUCCGGUCAAGGACCUCAAAGUGCUAAUAUUGUCAAUGGACCUGUUUCAGCUACUGUGGGAAAUGGUGUAGUUUCGGGCAUCACUUCUCCAUCCUCGCCAAUGACUCCAGGUGGGUAUAAUUUGGAUGGAUUGGACCCAACUACAAGAUUGAAGUUGCAAGCAUUGAGCACCAUUAACUCAAGGUCAAAAUUAGAUGCUUUGAAGAAAACAGUGUAUAAUGAUACUUCAAAAUCAUCAUCGAGUAACGGCAAUGGAGGUGUGAUCAACGGUGGGGGUUCAGGAAGCAAUCAUCAGUUAAAAACUUACAAAUCAAACUCCAAUCUUAAACAGGGACCUGGCUCACAACAAAAUCGAAGCAUAUCUAAUCCUAUGAAUGCUGGUGGCAAUAAUAGCAAGAAGCCUCAGCAGCAAUUACAAAUUUCUACCCCGAAGAAGAUGGGGGAUUCUUUGCCAGAGGAUAAACUUGGGACACCAACCACCAAUAAUAAUUUGGCCCAAGCAUUGAAAUCUUUGCAAGCUGCUUCGAAUGAGAGCGCCGCGAUCUUGACUAAUGCUGGUAUAUAUACUUCGCUCAAUCCAAAUGACGGAGGUCUUGGCACUCCGGUGAAGCAACUUUCCAAUUCCACCUUAUCAUUAUUGUCUCCAAAAUCCCCUGGUUUAAAUUCGCUUGAGUUGAUUGAUUUGAAGAAUUUGAACGACUUGCCUGUAUGGUUAAAGAACUUAAGAUUGCACAAGUACACAAAAAUUUUGGAAAAUUAUCAAUGGGAAAAAUUGAUUUAUUUCUCUGACGAAGAGCUAGAAAAAAUUGGUGUUACUGCAUUGGGAGCUAGACGUAAAUUAUUGAAAGCAUUUGAUAUUGUGAAAGUUGCCUUUGAAAAUGGCGAUAUACUUGGCUUGGAGGAGCAAAGGGAAAGGAAAUAA